AUGUUUAAAAAGGACGUCUCUUUAGGUGCAAGGUCCAAAGUCAAAUCCUCCGUUCAGCGUGCUAUCAAGCAAAAGCUCGUCGAGACAUAUCCCGGAUUCGAGCCCUAUAUCGAUGAGCUAAUCCCCAAAAAGGCUUCCCUGGAGGCCGUCAAGUUACACGUACCGGAUCGUGUAACCCUCUACACAAUAGACUCACGUCCCAUCCUCUACCAAUCCUUCGACAACCCUCCAAUCCCACAUUUACGGGUUCUGCACAAAUUCCCCGAUGCCGUUCCCACCAUCGGGAUAGAUCGGGGCGCGAUCCGUUUCGUCCUCUCAGGCGCCGCACUCAUGGCACCCGGCCUCACUUCAGCUGGUGGCAGUCUGCCCGACCCUGUAAAAGUUCCUGGCGAACGAGAGAUUGAGGCUGGCGAAGUGGUGGCGAUCAAGGCAGAGGGGAAGGAGGAGAUUUGCAUGGUUGGUCCCUUGAAAGUAGGCACGGAGGAGAUGAAGAAGAAAGGGAAAGGGGUUGUCAUGGAUGAGGGACAUUAUUUGGGAGAUGGGCUGUGGAAGAUUGACGUUGUGGGAUGA